AUGGCAGCUCCGCAGCUCCUAAUCAUUGCUGCACUCCAGUUUAUUAUGAAAAAAAUUGAAAAUGUUAAAAUUUAUACCGAACACACACCGAACACAACUGAACACAACCAAACACAACCAAACACACUGAAUAUAAGCGAAUACAAGCAAAUACAAAUAGUUUUUAAACGGCUCUUAGGCAAAUGGCAGUUCUUGGAUAACUCUUCAUGGAUUCUUGAUAGUUCUUGGAUAAUCCUUCGCGACGAUUCUUUGAUAAUUGUUCAUGGUUUUAGGAUAGUUUCUGGAUGUCUCCUUGCGGUUCUUGGACAAUGCUUUGAACGAUUUUUGGAUGUAACAUUAUGGUAA